UUCUAUGACAAAGUUCGAAUCAUUUGAAUUUGUUUCUAAUAUAAUAAAAGGUUUUCGGUUGUUUUAUUAGUAAUCGUAAAUAAAGAUGAUAUUGUAAACAAAAAGGACAAUAACUCAUUAUAUAAAUAUAUAAGAUAAGAAUUAAAUGAAUCACUUUGAUAUCUUUUCUUGCUCUGUUUUUUGUAGUGAAUAUGGAGGGAAAUAUGUAUAACUGUGAAUGGUUGUGAAAAUUUAUGAAUUGUACAGAACAUUACUAUUGAAUGCGUGUAUGAAUAAGUUUGUAAUGCUGUCGAAAAGUUUUGUUUAUGUAGUGCUUACUGAAACCAUAAUCAUACAUUAUGGAUAAAAAAGUAAAGUUGAAGAAUUUUGAUAAAAACAAUCUUUCACGAUCUUAUGACGAACGCAUAGAAAGGAUUGUUGGUAUUAAUCAUGAUGUACCAGUCAUGAUACCUAUUGAAGUAUUAAAUAAAAGAGAAAAAUUUUGGAAUGAUUUAUUUGAGAAAUACACAGAAGAGUUCUCAGAUAAAACUGAAUUAAAUAUAUUGAAUCUUAAACUUUGUGCACCUAUAAAUAAAGCACCAAGUUUUGUACAAUAUUGGGUAGAUACUGGCAGAAUUCCAUAUAAAACAUCUAUGGAUCUAAAUAAGCAAUCAGAGCAUUGCACUGGUGAUGAAACGUCCAAUGAAUAUUUCCCAAAACUAACUUGUGGGGAAAAUGGUUCUAGUAGUUCUGUUGAUACUGCUGCAUAUAUUCUGUCAAACAUGAAUACAACUAACAAAGCAAAUACUUUGGCUAUUGUAGAAGGAUCAAGACAGAAUGUAUCAUCAGAUGUUCAGAAUACAAGUUUACAUAAUGUAGAAACAUCAAAACAUUCCAACAAUGAAAUCUGCGAAGCUAAUGAUAAAAGUCCUGUGCGAUGUACGAGUGAGACUAACCAUCAGACACCUUCCUCGAUUUAUUCUUAUGAAACUGAGAAAAUUGUAAUAGAUAAAGAAGAUACUAUAUUAGAUAAAAAUGCAACAACACAAGUACAACAAAGUUCAUGUAGAGAUCUGAAUAGAGCUACUAUGAAUAGAGGUAGUCAACUGUUCAGUGAGAAAUUAAUGCAUAUAAUUUCUAAUAAUAAAAUCAGACGUACAGAAUCAGAAAAUUCUGAAGAAACUGUUUUAAUGGAAAACAAUUAUCCAUUUCAAGAUAGCUCUACAAAAUUAAGUCAACGUAAAAAGUUAUACACUGGUAGAGAUUCACCUGUUGACAUUGCUCGUAUGAGUAAUUUAGGUAAGAAUAGAUUAUCGUUAACAAAAUUUUCACAUCCUGCAUUAGAAUCUGGAUGCAGAAUAAAGAAGCGAUAUAAAAUUUACAAUAAAAGAAGGACGAGAUUGAUAAACUUGUUCCGUUCUAAGGAAACUUUGUCAACUAUAAGUAUUUUAACGAAAUCAAAAAAGAAUAGUUCAGUUGAUGCAAAUAGUACGUUAAUAAAAUGCAGUAAUCAGAAUGUGAAUAAAUCUACUGAUUCAAUAAUUAGCAAUGGCAGAAUACUAAAUAACUCAAUGAAGGAUGCAAUGGAAUUUAAAAAACCUAUUACUACUUGGGGAAAAUUAAAAAAUUCAGUAGUAGCUUCUUCAAGACAAACAGAAGAGUCUAUUAUAUCAAAAUGUAAAAAAUCAACUAAGAAAAUAAGUCCUCAAAACUUAAACCCAGUAAUUCGUUUGAAACGACUAUCAGAGUUCGAAAUAUGGAAGUACAGUAGAUCGAAUGAUAUUGUCAUAGAUUUAAAAAGUUUAGAUCCAGUAAUUGGUUUAAAACGAUUAUCAGAAUCCAAUAUACAGAAAUACCAAAAGUCGAGGGAAUCAUCCAAAAAUCUUAAGAAUUUAGAGCCAGUAGUUAAUUUCAAACAAGUAUCAAGGUUUAAUACAAAGGAACACACAGAAGUAAAUAGAAUAUCGACAAUUUCUUGUAAUUUAAAUCCCAUAGUUCGUUUGACGCGAUUAUCUGAUACUGAUAUUAAGGUUAAUGUCAAUCUUAAUAAAUCCAAUAGUAAUACUGAAAAAUCAUCUGAAACUAUACAAACUCAAGAUAACGACUUAAAACCUACUCAGCUUCUGCAAGGUGACUCAAUUACACGAUUUCAUAAAAGUAAAACCAUUAAUCUGUCUGAAGAUACAGACAGUAAUCAAAGCACUCUUUUAAUUUAUCAAUGUGAAAAUAACGUACCUUGUAGUUCUUCUACAAGUAAUUUGACUGAUGUAAUUGAUGUCAGUUUACGUAAAAACUUAAAAAUGGUAGAGAACGAUGUUUAUAAAAAUAAAUCAUUGAACUCGCUUAAUAAUACUGUUGAUAAGUCUAAUGAAAACUGUAUACAGAAAACAGAAGAAGCUCCAAAAAGUAAGGAAACGAAAUCUAAUAAGAAUGGUUAUAGUUUAAGAGUUAAUAAGAUUAAUAAAACAAAUAAUAGUAAUAUAUAUUCUAAGCAAAAUAUGGAUACUAUAUCAAAUGUAUGUAUUGAUUCAUGCAAGCGUAUUAAAAAUGCAUUGCGUUCUAAGAAAGUAAAACCAGUUAAUAAGAAUAGUCCUGACAAGAGUCCUGAUAAAAAUGAUGAUAAGAGGGAGAAACGUCAAUCAGAUGACUUUUUAUUAUCUGAUGAAGAGAAUGGGUUUGUAAAGCUUAUACCACGAAAUAUAAAUAAAACUCUUGACAAUAGUAUAAAUACAGAUUCAAGUUAUAGUUCUUUUGUCGAUAAUAAAGCAAAUAAACGUGUACUAGGACUGUACGAAUUGUCUGAUGAAGAAAAUGGGUUUGUAAAACUUAUACCACAAAAUAUAAAUGAAUCUCUUGACAAUACUACGGAUAUGGAUUUAAAUGACAUUUCUGUUCUUGAUAAUGAUGUAAAUAAACGUGUACUAGGAUUACAAAGUCCGUUAUUUUCUCAACCUAAUGUAACCAGCACGUUUAGAAAACCAAAUCUAAGAACGUCAAGAAAGAGAAAUUCUUUACAUACAAUGAUAUAUAAAACUCGAAGGACACGAUCUACACUUUUUCAAAAUAAAGAGAAAACUUCUAGCGUAGACACAAGCAAAACACAGACUGUAAUUAAAAACCAAAUGGAAGUAUAUACACAUAGUGCGAGCAGCAAAAGAAGUAGAAGAAAAGUAAACGAAAAUAGUUUACACUAUUUAUUGGAUUCUGAUUCAGAUAUAUCGUUAGAAAGACCAAGAAAGAAGAAUUCUUUACGUACAACAAUAUAUGAAACCCGAAAGACAGGAUCUACACUUUUUACAAAUAAAGAGAAAAAUUCUAGUGUAGAGAAAAGCAAAACUCAGACUGUAAUUAAAAAUCAAAUGGAAGUAUAUACACAUAGUGCGAACAACAAAAGAACUAGAGGGAAAUUAAACGAAAAUCGUUUAUAUUUUCAAACAAAACUGUUGGAUUCUGAUUCAGAAGUAUCAGUUUAUUAAUAAUGUUUAAUUAUUAGUUGCUUCAUAUAAAAUUUACAUGAAGAAACUUCCGUUUUAAAACUUCUAUUUUUAGUUCAUUAAAAACUAAAUGUAACUAUUAAGAUCGAAAAUAUCGUAAAACUUGACGAUUUAAUUCAACAAGAUGCACUUAUAUUUUCAUGUGCGGUAAGUUACGUUUACGAAAAUUGAAUUUCGUGAAGAUAAAUAAUAUGUGCACUGUUUUUUAUAGCAUAACAUUUCAACAAUAUAAAUUUUGUGAUACAUUAUAAAAUUACUUCGUCAUAAGUAAUAUAUAUGUAUUAGGACAUCUCGUAACACCAUGCAUAUAAAGAAAUUAUAACAGAACAAAGUGCAAACGUAAUGACGUGGAACAGUUUGUUUCUGAUAAACACGUGGAAAAAAUGAACUUGUUAAAAUGAAUGUGCGGCAAUAAUUUCUGUUGUUUUAAGUAUAUUUUAUGUAGAGUCUAUACGAAGUCUAUAUUAUAGACAAUACAGGACUAUAUUUCUUUGACGUGUUCACAUGUUUAAGUGAAUUUAAUUAAAGAGUUUAAUUUAAAUGUGUUUAAAUUUACAAAAUUUAUAAAUCUUUUAUACGUUAUUUUAGAUUAUAUUUCAUCUCAUAGUCGAUUUAAAAUACAGAGGCAUAUUAACACUUUUAAAGCUUUUUCAAGUAUUCUAAUUUCAUCGAAAAUGUAAAUCGUUGGAGCAUUUUGCAUUUUUGUGGAAAUUAUUUUCACGUGUGUGUGCGAGUGUGAUAUCAAAAUGCCUUUGAAGCUUUAUAUAAAUAAUACUAAGGUGAUAUGUUUUAAUUUUUUUUUAAUGUCAAUCAUAUUUUAAUUAGUGACUAAGUAUACAUAUUAUGUUCCAAAAAGAUGAGUGUACACUUAUAAGUAUUCUUUUUAAGCAAUUAGAUUCAGAUUUUAAGGUUUUUACUCGAAUUUUACAUUCAAUAUUAUUUGUCAGUGAUAAUAUGAAGUGAAUUCCCUACUUCUAUACUUCCAUCAUAUUAUUGUUCGUAUUUUUUUGGUAUAAUUGUUUUGACGUAUAAAUUACAUUUCACGCGUCGACUAAAAUUAAAAAGAAUGAUCUUCCUAGUAAUUACUAGUAGUAUAUAAUUAUUUGACUAUAAUUUAACUUUAGUUGUAGUUAACUUUAACCAUAAUUAACUUUCCGAUAUAUAAAACUGAGAAACAACAAUGUAAAAAUGAAAUAACUUCCAAAUUUUAUAUG